CAUAUCUCUCUGCAACUAACUGAAACCAUGAGAACUUCUCAAACUUGAAGCAUUAGUACUCUUUCUCCGUUACUAAAACCCUAUAAAACCCCAUCACUUGUUUCAUAUCCACAAACCACUCACAAUCAGUCGAUCUUGUCUCAAAAACGAAUUCGAUCGCUCAUGGCUGUUUCUUCGGGUUUCUCAAGUCUUCUGGUCGUUUUUAUCUUCUUGGCAUUAGAAGUCUUUGCUCCUAGAGCCGAAGCUGACCCACGUGCAUUUUUCGUGUUUGGAGAUUCAUUAGUUGACAGCGGCAACAACAAUUACCUGGUUACAUCUGCCCGAGCUGAUGCACCUCCUUAUGGCAUUGAUCACCCUACGCAUCGAGCCACUGGACGUUUCUCUAAUGGCUACAACAUUCCCGACCUUAUCAGUAUGCGCAUAGGAUCCGAGCCAACACUGCCAUACUUGAGUCCGGAGCUCAACGGGCAAAAGCUUCUUAUUGGUGCCAACUUUGCAUCCGCCGGGAUUGGAAUACUGAAUGACACUGGAAUCCAAUUCGUGAACAUUGUCCGGGCUCCAUUGCAACUAGAGUACUUCAAAGAAUACCAACAACGAGUUAGUGCACUUAUAGGAGCUGAAAAGACUAAGCAGCUCGUACACAAUGCGCUGGUCCUCGUGACACUUGGUGGCAAUGACUUCGUUAACAAUUAUUACUUAGUCCCGAUGUCUGCACGCUCCCGUCAAUACAGUCUCCAGAAUUACGUUCCUUUCAUCAUCUCCGAAUACAAAAAGAUUUUAAGGAGGCUCUAUGAUUUGGGUGCACGCAAGGUACUCGUGACUGGAACGGGUCCAUUGGGGUGCGUGCCGGCAGAGCUGGCUCAACAUAGCAGAAAUGGUGAAUGCGCAGCUGAGCUUCAAAAGGCUUCAUCGUUGUACAACCCACAAUUAGACGAUAUGCUUACUAGUUUGAAUAAUGAACUCGGUAGUCAUGUGUUUAUCGGUGUAAACACAAAGCAGAUGCACAACGAUUUUAUGAGCAAUCCAAGAGCUUAUGGAUUUGUUACUUCAAAAAUAGCAUGUUGCGGACAAGGGCCUUACAAUGGGAUUGGACUUUGUACGCCGAUGUCGAACUUAUGUCCAAACAGGGACCAGUAUGCGUUUUGGGAUGCAUUCCAUCCAUCGGAGAAGGCAAACAGAAUUAUCGUGGAUCAGAUAAUGAUGGGAUCAACUAAGUACAUGAAUCCCAUGAACCUAAGUACCAUUUUGGCUUUAGAUUCUAAUAAAUGGUAAUUUGUGUGUAUUUAAGGAGAUAGUUAAUAACCUAAAUGUCUACGUUGACUUUGAGUUACGUCCUCCUGCUAUGUUUCCAAUGUGUGAUAAUGUGGCAUGAGAAUGGUUGUUUUCCUGAUCGUUUUAGGUGUAAUAA